AUGGAACGCUUUGAUGCCGACGUGCUGUCCCCCGAGGAGUUCAUCAUGGCAACGCCGUCAUCCGACAUGGCGCCCAAGGUCGAGUCCCCAUCGGCAUGCCUCCAAGAUUUGCCUGGGGUGCAUCCGAGCACGUCGUCAAUGUCGCCCGCGACUUGCGUGGAGAACCGGGAUGAGCAAGGCAAGCUCGACGAACCCUACGCGAAACUGAUAUACAAGGCGUUUAUGAGCCGCGAGGACCACGCCAUGUCGCUGCAGGACAUGUACCAGUGGUUUCGCGACCACACAAACAAAGCAGUCACGGAAAAGGGUGGCUGGCAGAACAGCAUCCGCCACAAUCUGAGCAUGAACGCAGCAUUUUCGAAACGCCGCAAGGAUGACGGCACCCUCAACGCCGUGUCGGAGGACCCAAAACGGGCCAACGAGUGGGUGCUGGAGCCGUGGGCCGUCCAAAACGGCGUACAGAGCACAACAAGAUACCGCAAGGGCAACUCGCGCAGGCGGCCGGGCGGACGGUUGAGCAACCAGCAGUACCCGCGGCUGCCCACCCAACACAGCGCGAAACGAGCCGUGUCCGGACGCAAAGGCGGCUGUGCGGCGAGGGAGUCGAGGAUGAGGGACCGUGCCGCGUACGGCCAAGCAGCCACGCCCAUGGGCCGCUACUACGGGGGGCUCGAGCAUCCGCAAGGGCUCCCUACUCCCCCGCGAUCGACCAUGCCGGAUCUGUACCACCCCGAGAGCUAUGCAAUGCCGCAGUUCGAGCCGAUGACCCAUGUCCAACAUUUCGACGGUAUCGCCCCCCCUGCGGGGCCCGUUGCGGAGCAUCAAUUUGGGCUCCUGCUGGGGCCGGCCAACGCCGGCAUCGACAGCACGGGACACGGCAUGGUCGUCGUUGGCACGAAUGGGCAGGACGGCAUGAGCGGGGACCCUAUGAACCAGAUGUCGGCCUACAGGCCGGCGCCACCACCGCCUCUGCAGGGCCACCACGGCGCGUAUCCGUACGGCGCGAGGGGGCUGCAGAUGGCGGCGGCAUACCACGGCGAGCGCCAGCACCAUCAGGAGCAACAGCAGCAACAUCAGCAGCAGCCGCCGCCGCCGCCGCCGCCGCCACACCAAGGCCCUGGCGAUCUGUGCUGCGCAAGUACCGCCUCUCGGCUUUUCGAGACCUUGCCGGGCGGCAUCUGUGAUUGGGCUGAUGGCGGCUUGUAA